GGGCCUGGCGCGCGCGCGCACAGACAGACAGACAGACAGUGUGGGGGGUGGCGGAGGACAGAGGGAGAAGCCAGUGACCGGGGGAUGGGAGACACCUUCCCCUCCCCACUGCCACCCCCUCACCGUAUCCUCCCGCCAGCCCCAGCCAAUGCAGGGAAUAGACCACAGCCUCCCCCCCGCCCGCAUUCCUAUGGACAGACACCUGCAGGCCCUGAUUCUGCUAAGACCUAUGCACAUGCUUAACUUUAUGAACAUCCCAUGCAUCAUUCUCUGGAAUACGGAUGCUGCAGAGACUAACCCAAAUGGCAUCCACUUGAAUUGGAACAAACCUUCUGGAGUGAUGAAAGCUGUGUACUUGCGGGAUUCUUCCAUUAAGGUGAUCUGGAGGUAAGCGGCGGAUCAAUCAAGGGUUGUAAAGACUCUUGCCUCCUUCAAGGAAAGGAGUUAUUGAUCCUAUAACAUGGAGGAUUGCCUUCAUACCUCUUCUGAAAACCUUUCCAAACUGGUCAGUUGGGCCCACAGCCAUGGGACCAUCUGCAGCCUCAUUCCAAAUCUAAAGCACUUGCUUUCUGAAGGUUCCCAUGGCAACCUGACAGCUAUGUGGGGCUGUAGCGCAGGCCAUGCGUAUCAUUGGCCACUGACUGCUACCUGCAGGGCUGGGUCCCAGGAAAGAGUGUGUUUCCAGGACAACAGAAGCUUCAACUCGGACAGUCCCAGCAUCAUAGGUGUGCCCUCGGAGACACAGACUAGCCCAGUAGAGAGGUACCCUGGGAGGCCAGUGAAAGCAAAGUUGGAUUGCAACAGAACCAGGGACUCCUGUGAUUUCUCUUACUGCAGUGAGCCUUCAGAGCUAGAUGAAGCCGUGGAAGAAUACGAAGAUGAGGCUACCCUCUUUGACAUGGUCUGCGAGUCCUCAGUGACAGAUGAGGAUAGUGACUUUGAACCUCAUACCCAAAGAUCUCAAACCAUUUCCCGCAAAAGGCCUGGUCCGGGCCAAUCCUCAUCAUCUCUUUCAGGCUCCCAGUCUCAGGUCAUUGAUGAAAGCUGUAACAAUGUGAUCGUCAAAAAGAUUAAGCAAGAAAUCCCUGAAGAUUAUUAUAUUGUGGCUAAUGCAGAACUUACCGGUGGCAUUGAUGGACCUGCAUUAUCGCUGACGCAGAUGUCAAAGCCCAAGCCUCAAACUCAUGCUGGACCUUCGUAUAUUGGCUCCUCUAAGCCCACCCCCACUGUAGCGCCUUCUCUCAGUGCUGAGCUAGACUUACAAAACGUGUCUGUUUCUCCCCCUGUCAUAUCGAGGCCUGCAGUUCAGAAGCCUGCAAGAGUAACUCUGGCUUCCCCAAACAGAGGACCAGCUAGCACCCCUACAGCCAACCAACAGGUCGCGCUCCAGAUGCCAGUCAGUACUUCCAAUACCAGCAAACAGAUUAGCAUUCCUUUAUCAGCCCUGCAGCUCCCUGGACAAGAAGAGCAAGCUGCUUCAGAAGACCUUCUCCAACCCGUGCCAAAUCAGGGUCCAGCCGGCGAAGUAGCAUUAUCUCCUUCAAUUAGCGCAGAGCCGGAAGUCAGCUCUAGUCAGCAACAACCUAACACUGCGCCUAUCAUCACCGCCGAGGCAACAGUACAGUCAAUACCAGACCAGGAUGAGAGAGCAGCGGAACUCAGCAGGGAGCAGAAUGAGAAAACCAUUCGCAGCACUCAGACGGCUCUACGUAACUUCAGAGAGUUUCUCAUCUCCAAAUAUCCCUCAGAAACCCGGGAAAUCUAUGUCAUCCCUUGCAAAGAGCUCGAUGCAUACCUAGCCUCCUUCUUUGUGGAUGCCAGACAGAAGGAUGGCUCAGAAUAUGAGCCAAACAGCUUGGCCAACUAUCAGUGCGGGCUGGAGCGCUAUCUCAAAGAACACAGGUACGGAUACAGUAUUACAAGGGAUAAAGAGUUCAAGAGAUCUCAAGAAGCUUUGAAGCAAAAGCAGAUAGAGCUGAGGUGUAAAGGCAAAGGAAACAAGCCACACAAAUCCAUGAAGCUGACCUUUGCUGAUGAGCUUAUCCUACGCAAAAGAGGCUUGUUGAGUCGAUAUAAUCCCGAGGGGCUGCUGAACCUUGUCUGGCUAAAUAAUACUAAGGCUUUUGGACACUGCACAGGUUUUCAUGGGUCCACCCUCAAAUGGGGGGAUAUCAGGCUCCGGGUGACAGAAACAGGCUUGGAAUAUUUGGAGUGGAUGGGGCAAGAGACUGGUGAUAUGAAUGCCAAAACCAAGAGAGGAGGGACUGAUUCCAGAGUCUAUGCCACCCAGCAUGCUCCACAGACCUGCCCAGUGCAAGACUACAAGGAGUACGCUCAAAGACGGCCCCCUGCAAUGCGAUACGAAGAUGCUCCUUUCUACCUGUCCAUCAAGCCGGUUGUCAAUUUGGCUGCACUUCAUUGGUACAACUGUCAAGCCCUGGGGAAGAACAAGCUUGCAAAGAUGGUAAAGACGAUGUGCGAGAAGGGCAACAUCCCUGGCAGAAAGACCAACUUCAGCGUCUACCAGAGCUGCAGCACCCUGUCCGAAGCACAGAGUAACCAGCUGGUGCUAAUCUGUAACAAUUUAAGUCAACAAGCUGCCCAGUCUAUGGCAAGCCACUCCAGUUCUGGCAACUUCAUAGUGUCGGCUUCUUAUGACUCUUCCUCCGACACAGCUUGAAAGGUGGAUUUCAAUUGAACAGUUUUUUGUUAAGCAUUGAAUUUAUGCCCAAUAAUACACAUCAACUGUGAUUGUACACUACUUCCCCACACCUUCCCAGUGUUAAUUCACUUUAUAAAAAAUAUAAAUAUAUAAUAUAUUUUUCUUUUUACAAAUAAGUCAAUAGAAAUAGUUUAGUAUUACUAACAUAGUAUUUAUAGUGUUUAAUACAAAAAUGAAAGCUACUUAUGGGUUAUAAUAUAAUUGCAGAUUUUACAAGGGCAAAAUGGUUCUCAGGCAACACAAGAGAGACUGGAAAUACAGUUUUUAACAUGCAUGCAAACAAUGAGUGUAAAUCCCCAUGGAGGCUUACAUCUUAAAUCUGUUUUAAAUCAUCUUUGUAAAGCUUCUUAUUUUGAUCUGCAAGGUAGAGGGAGACAAACUUAGACAAACUGGCUGCUGCUUCUUACCUGAAAGCUUGUUCUAGUUCAGCCAGACCAGGAAAUAAGAGGUGUAUCAGUGUAAGUUUGUGAAAUCAUUUAGAGCAGUUUAUGUUUUCUUAUUAUUGUGGUUCCUGAGGCUCAUUUAUGCCAGCUGGAAAAAUAUAUAAUAUUCCUAAACAAAGUCCACUGAAGACUAUUUUUUAACUACUUUUUGUUGUUGAUUUUCUGUGAUCAAAAAUGUCGCUGGUCUUUAGACUAUGAAAUAUUGUUUUGAACAAUAUGCAAAGGUGUAAUGGCAAAAAGACUGUUAUACAAAUAAUCUUUACUGUUUCAAACUGUAUUGGUCAUUAGUAUUUUGUUUUAUGUUAUACAUGGAAAUGCAACCUGAGCUUCUACUAAAUUAGAAUUUCAGCCACUCUUUCAAUUUUCCAGGGAAUGCAACAGUGCUGAAAAAUCAGAAAUCUCUUCCCAGGCCAUAAAAUUAGAAUACAGAUAAAUCAAAUGUGUCUUAAAUUGUCAUUCAACAUCCAUAGGAGGCAUAAUAGACAAUUUAAAUGAUUUUUAUAUUUAAUAUGUGAGGGGGUAAAUUAAAUUCUUAAAAUACUAGAAAACACAGUGAGCUAAAUUCAGCUAUUAACACACAAUUCCCACCGAAGACAAUAAGUGUGAAUAUGAAAGCAGAAUUUGGCUCUUAAAGACUAAAUAAUGACUGUUAUCUUUCCAACUGAUUUACUUUGCAGUAUAAUUGUUCAUUAAGCACAGGGAGGACACUAACAAAUUAAACAUUUCAGCUGGAACCUUUACAUUAUAAUCCCUAACCUUUAAAAUUAAGUAUGAUCAUUUUGAUGGUAAUUGAACUGAGUUUAUGCUGCAUUACAUAUGAAAAUGCUUUGCUAAGGUACCCUAGCACUGCAAAGAUGAGACUUUAGACAAAACCACUAGCAAGUUGAUCUGAUGGCCAUUGAAGUUAAUGGGAAUCCAUCCAUUGACUUCAACCGGUGCUUGAUCAGGUCAUAGGUGAGCAAGCUGUCUGUUUCUUCGUUUACAUUCUUUAGAUCUGCAACUCUGUAGUGAGUGACAUUUAAACCAGUGGAGAAUAAAGGGAGGGUGAGAAUAAGGGUAGCAAAAAGAAAUAGAAACUGACCAACCCAAUGAAUAUACUUUAACGGGUGCGAGGAUAAAGUUUUCUCCUAUGCAGAGGAUUAAUACAGGGUUCUAUGCAUCACUUCAGCCUUAUUCUGAGGUCUUCAGUGGAAUGUUAGUAGCACGUCGACCUUGUGUUGACCCUCUGCAUAAGCAUGAAUUUCACCCCAACGAAUCUCUCUCCCACCUGACCUUGUAACACACAUCAACUCUAAAGCAACUUGUGUGUGGCACAAUCUGCUUUUGCACUCCCGGUGAUACCUACAUAUCAGUAUAUCUGUGGCGCUACAGGGCUUUGAUUUCUCGUGUGCUUGCUAAACCAGAGUUUUGGACAAGAGGGUAAAAUCACCAAGAGCUCCUCCUCUACCCAUCUUUCCCACCCCUGAGUUACUAACAGAUACAGUACCCUUUCUUCCCCACUGUUGAGGACUUUGGGGUAGACGUUGGUUUGGCUGGAGUCAGGUCAAGAUAGCUGAUAGCUCAUACUGCAAGUUCUUACUGGCUCUACAAGAGGCAUUGGUCUUGAUUUUGAACAUAGCAUUUGAGGCCAAAACUUGCGCCCAUGGACAUUAGCGUCAGGUGUGCCACUGAGUUCAGGGGAUCAGGAUACUUGGCUCUUUAGGGUGUGUCUACACGGGAGUUGGAGCUGUGAUUGGAGAACAGAUUGGCGUACCCAUGCUAGCUUCAACCUCUCUCGCACAUGUAAAAACAGCAGCGCCAGUGGGGCGGCCUGGGCUAGCAAUGUGAGUGUGUGCCCAGGCUCACUGAUGUGCUCGUGCGGCCUGGGCUGAGCUAGCUUGGGUAUCCCACCUGUGCUGCAGUCAGACCUCCGAUUGCAGUACAGACAUAACCUGAGUGAAAGAGGAGGGAAAAUAAUGGACAGUAGGUGCUGGCGAUGGGCCUCCUAGGGCUUUUAGAUGGUGCCUGCAAAUAAAUGUGCCAAUGCCCCACACCGUUUGGAUAUCCAAAUGCCAUUCCUGUGACUCACCCACAUGCGCUGUUCUAACAUGCUUCCUUGGAGAGACUUGUGGUGGCGACUGUCUCUGUGAUGUUCAAGGUGCUGUAGAAUCCCCUUGUUUGGCCUCUCUGCUCCCACAGAACAGAACUGCAGUGUCUUUAGGGCAUCUGGCUCCUCCCGCGGCUGAGCAGGAGACACAGGGCACCCGUUGAACCGAGGGGCAACACCACCAUGAGAGAUAGUAAUGCAUCCCUCUCGCAGGUCUGGUCAGUAUUAUGGAACCCGUGUAGGUAGGACCGGGAAUUGUUAGCUGAGAUGAAUCGGUUUGCGGUGUGAUUUAUGCCUUUUCAUAUUUUCUGAUCAAGCUUUGUCUCCCUGAUUGGCCCCAUACAGCAUAAAAAGAAAUACAUUUCUCCACCAAACACUUGAAAUGCUGCUUUGUGCAUGCGAGGGUUGUGUUUUAGGGUAUGUGUCCACGCAGCAGCUGCAGUAGAAUGGGUGGCGGCUUGCUCUAGCCAGCCAGGUACGUACCCAAAGGGUCAGGUGAAAUUGUACUUGGGUGGGUUGCCGGAGCUGCUGCUCAUAUUGCUAUUUUUAGCAUGCUAGCUUCUGCAGAGCUAGCACCUGUCUGUCUACCCAUGCUGGGAAUUACACCUGCUAGCUGCAGUGUAGUCAUCCCCUUAAACUUACCAGAGCCUUUUACUCUGGCUGGCUGGAGGCAAGUCUAAUCAGAGUAGAUCAUUAAGGAAGAAAAGGCACUAAGAUUGCUGAAUGCACUUGGGGAGCAAAAGCAGUUCCAUUGCUUUUUGCUUCUCAAUCCAUAUUUCCCAUACCCUUCCUGCCAACUCCCAUUUCCGCAGUGUUUGUCUGUUUGGCAUUUACAAGUUUGAGUUUGGGUUCACGUCAUAGGCAGGGCAUUAAUCUAGAUAUAACCAUGAAAGAUAGCAGCUCUGCUAGUUCCCAUGCUUAGGAAUCAUUGUGUAUUUUGGAGAUUGGGAGGGAGGGGCAUGUUUAUUGCAUUUAUUUUAUUUUUAAAUACAUGUUUGUGUAUUUAGCCUUUUCUUUUGUACUUUAUGACAGCCCUAACGAGUAACUCAGGGUUACAAUAGACUGAACUUGCCAUGCCAGUGGCAGAAUGCUGGAAAGCUUUGCUAGGGAUGGUCAGCGCAAUACGGAGCUCUCUAGUUAGACUCUUUGUUGAGGUAGCUUUGAACACAUAGGGCCAGAAUCUGAUAUCUGUAUAGUAUGGUUGCCACUGGCGAUGCCCACACUGCCAGCCUGCCCCUCCUCCCCCCAGCAGCCUGCCCCCACACCCAUCCUGCCCUAGGAGCCCGUGGCAUGUUACAGACACUCAGAGCAAGACCAGGGCAUUGGCUGGACUUCAGCGUGUUGUCCCCCAGCUGCAACUCACAUGGCCAGCAGCAAAUAAAACCUGACAUGCCACAUCCGCUGACCAGGAACAAGCAAGGCAGCAGAAAAACUGGCCUGGCCAGGUGGCAACCCUACUGAGUAGCACCAUACUCCAACAGUAGACCCAUUGGCGUCAAAGGGCACUUGGACGAAGGUGCUAUUCAGUCUGAGUAAUGGUAUCAGAAUCUGGACCAUAAAGGAGGUGCUAUAUACGUCUUUAUUAAUAUGCCUGCUGUACGUUUUAAUUUAACCUGUCAAAAUAGAGCUUUGAGAAGUGAGUUCAAGUACUUCUCUCUUUUUUAACUUUGGGAAAAAUGAGUGUAAUGACUCUUCCUGUGCGAUAUUUGCUUGUUGAAUUAGCUGUAAGUGGGAAUGUUAUUGUCUCCGCAGUGUGAAGCUUUCCUGUUAGUAAAGCCACAACAGUGCAGCCAGGACAUAGUUCCGUAAAUUGCCACAAGCCUUUUAACCCUUUAUUUCUACAGAAACCAGAGGCUAGAUUCUGUCACCCUUACUCCAUGAUCAGUCCCACUGAAAUCAAAGGGACUAGUCAUGAAAUAAGGUAUUACUCAUAGCCAAUGACCUGAGCCAUGUGAAAUGAUGGAGGAGUUGGGAAACUUAUAAAAAUGCCUUGAGAGUCUUUGUCUGUGCUAUUGACUGACUCCUGUUCUAAUGUAAACACUGGCAUGGGCUCUGUGCAUUUUAAACAAGUUAAGAAAAGUAGCACCGUUUAAAAGUGUUUAGUAUGGUUCGCAUCAAUAUGACGGCCCUCAUUUACAGCUAAGCAAACCCACUGGCUUGAGUGGGGUAACUUGGGCAUAACUGAGUACAAAAUUUGGUCCUCUAAUUUAUUUUAAAGUCUUAAUACAGCUACACAAACCCUGAGCAGGAGAGAGAUUUCAGAGCCACUGUUUUUGUUGUGCAAAGUAGGCUUUGCUGAGGUUAUUGCAUGACCACAUUGUCAGUUCUUGCAAAACAACUCGCAGUAAAAAGCAUGACACUAACAAGUGUAGUAAAUGUAAGGCAAACCAUCUGUUUAAAAAGCCAAGAAACAAACCUGGACGUGUGUUAUCAUCACCCAUUAAAAUAGACACAGGUGAGUUCAUCUGAAAGUGGUCCUUCAAAUACAUGCAUAUGAGUCUAUUUGAAUGACUGGACAUUCAGAUAUGUGUGCCUGUGGAUACUAGAACUGAAUGCUUAUGCCUUGUUUUAAUAAUCACUAGUGUCUAUCUCUGGGGUUAUUUCAUGUUUGCACAAAACACCUGUUUCACUAUGUGAUAUUCCAUGCUUGAGAUGGGUGAACUCUGGAGUUUUGUGAACCUUACAGUCUAUUAUUUGUGUCUGAAAAGGCUUGCACAACUAGUUCGAGUAUAUGAAUCUUACCUGGGUUACACAAACUUCCACAUAGCUAUGCUUUUAAAUACAUGCAGUUAGCAUAAAAAGCCUACAAGUUAACUGUAAUUACAUUGCAAUGUGCAUAAAAACCCCUCUUCAGUUAUUUUGUGUAAUAAUUCUACAAUAAUAGUGUACAAGCAACGUAACCUUGGACAAUAUAACAGUGCAGAGCAGCUAUACUUGUCACACAGGUCUGUUUCUUGAAGGACACCAACAUUGUGGAACUAUUUCAUAUUAACAUGCAUUUCUCAGAAGCUACAGAGCAUUGAUAUUUAAUCUAUUGUGUACUUACAGCUUUGUUUCGGCAUAUGAGGUGUUUUACAGGUUACAUUAAUACACACACUUUGCUCAAGUGUUUGAUUAGAAGGAAAAUCACAUUUUAUUACGCUGCUGGUAUAGCUGAUGUGCAGCACAAAACAGCAUUGCCUAGUAGGAGGUGGCUUUGUGCUUUCACACUGCCUGGAUUCUGGGCUGGACAAGGGGCCAGAAUGGCCCUAAUGUAAAUUAAAAUCCCCAUAGCACCAUGUACUAUCCCUAUUCUAUUCAGAUUCCUAUAUGUCCCUCAUUGCCGUAGUAUCUGAGUAUGUUCCAAACGUGCAUUAAAUUACAUGACUAGCAUCUGUUAUGUAUGGUUCUUCCUUUCUCUCUUCCCCUCCCCAAAGACAAUUUGUAGAAGUUUGUGAUGGGGUCCUGACCCCUGCCAUCCUCGAUCCGCCCCCUCCUUUCCUGAUCCUGACAUGUCCCCUACACCAGUGGUUGUGAGAAGGCAGCUCACUUUCCCUGCACCAGGAAAAUCCUUCCUCUGUCGAUGGUGGCACAUUCAUGGCACCUGCACACUGGAGCGGGGAACAGAGUCUUUCCCCCUGAGUGUGCCUAUUUCUAUUCCUAACAGACAUACCUGUGGUCCCUGGAGCACCGGGCCCUAGCAUUCUGGUAAUUGCAGGCUUAGAUUUUGUAGUAUGCGAUCACUGAAAGGAACACCAGUGUGUCUAUUUGAAUGGCCACGCAAGCCUAGAGAUGCAUCUCAUUGACUUAUCAUACCUGAAAUCGUUUAACACAUGUCAUUGCAGGAGAUCUUUCCCACCCUGCCAUGCAGGUGAGCAUAGGUGAAAUUCACCUUUGCACAAGGUCUAUGCACCAUUCAAGUCUAACAAAAGUCCUCAAAAUAGGAUUCAAAUGGGACCUAGUGUCACUUGGCACAGGGGGUUCAUUUCAUCCUAUAAAUAGUGCCAGAUAUCAGGAAAUAGUAUCUUGUCCCAAAACUCCUUGCGUUCCUCAGGGGGUUAAGGGAGCUGUGAAAUCAUGCUAAUUUAACACAGAUAUAUGGUAUAAUCUGCCCUAAGUUAAAUUAAACCAUUUGUUACCUUUGUGCUCAUCUGGACCAGGUUUAAGAUGUACAGUACGUCGUUAAACAUGACUGGAAACAGAUACACGUUUUGCUACAUGAGAUGCUACUUCUGUUGUCACAUAAAAAGGCCAUUCUGUUCUGACUCAGGCUAUUCUGUUCUAACUCACCCAGGGACAAUGAAUUUUCUUUUUGCGCUUUCAUGUAUGUACUGGAAUCUAUUCUCCCAUUAAGGGGGAAUAGUACAUAGAGAAAAGAUCCCAAAACAUAGAUUUAUUCAUGGAGAGUAAACUCAAACUGUAACUUAGAACUAUUUUUUAAAGUUCUGAUUCUGAACCCUUUUGAUUAAAAACCUUUGGUUGAAAUACACCCAUCAGAGUAGGAGCCAGGGAAGCCCCCCAAAACAAUUAAACCACUGGGAUUCUGCUACCAUGCAGGCAGGAAGCUGCAAAGUAGACACACGAGGCUACUAUAUAGCUCCUUCUUGUUCUAGGAAUCCCAAGUGUUUUACGAAACAGUGUGUUACCAUAGACACAGGUGCCGGCUUUUCCAAACUGUUCCAGCAAUUUUAGGGUGGCGUACCUCCACCGUAGCUGAUAGAGUUACACCAGUGGAACCCAGUGGAAAAUCAGUCUGUGAUAGUAAUGUGACUGCAGAGGUCAAUAUGGCAGCCAUUAUCAACUCAGCAACCGAGCCUGAGUUCUAGUGUAUCAUAUGUGUCUGUGUAGACGUAGUAGCUUUUCUUUUGAUUGUACAGGGCAAGAGUGUCAGAACACAGCCGGCCACUCUGAUGCGAACUGCAGCUUUCUCUACCCUACUUUUCUUAACGUCUCUUAGCAGUGCAGUAUCCCCAGCGCAUCUCUGCCCGCGAGAGAAACGAUGGGAGUGCUAGCAUAGACGAGCCGCCAUCCAGUACUUUCCUCACCCUGCCAUCUCGAUGGGAUCAGAACUGGGUUACGUGAAGCAUUGCUAAGGGCACCACCACAGUGCUCCCACCGUUCCUGGCACCAGCCCAGCGGCACCAGCUGGGGUCCAGCCCUGGGAGAUUGAAAGAAAAUUGCCAGAGUAAAUACAGGUAGCUAGUUAUGCGUUUGUGGCUUGCAGUCUCAGGAAGGAAACAGCGAGUUUGUUAUUCUUGAUAAUAAGCAUUCAUGUUAGGGAAAUGGUCAAACCGACAGUGACAGUCCUAGUUCCUCCUGAUGAAGAAACGUCCAUUUAGUACAAAAUUGGCUUGUAACAUGGAAGUAACAUUUUUCAUACAAUACAGUUUCCCUAUCGGUGUGAGAAAUUUCUUUCCCAUCUUCUGUUUUCUCACUGAAUCGAUUAAUAUUAGGAGGUAAUAGAUACAAAAUUCUAUUAGUUGGAUUGUGCAAAUGAUUUAUUUGCUGCUAAAUGAGUUCUCUUUGUAUCGAUAAUGGACCUACAGUUGAAAAGGGAUUAGGAGGUUAGUUCAUUACACAGCAAAGUGAAGUAUCUUUAACAGGCAUCUGUUUUGCAGUUUAAUUUGGAUCUUCAGUAAUGAAUGGACACUACAUCCAUUAUGGUUGGGACUUUCAGUAGCCUAAGGGAGUUAGGUCUCAGUCUCAAUGAAAUUGAAUGGGAUUUGGGUGCCUAAAGCUGGUAUGCCCCUUUGAAAAUCCCACUUUAUGUCCAUUGCAUUAAUGGGUUAUGUGUUUUUUUCCCAUUGUUAUUUUCUACUGUCUAUAAAUCUCAUGUAAGUAACUGAGUUGCCAACUGAGGUGAAAAAUUAACAAAACACAAGUUUUUAUUUGGCAUAAAAAGCCUGAUUAUUUGAUGCUGAAAGAAAAUAGACCUUUUAAUUCAGUUUCAGAGAUAUUAUCCUUGCUAUUUUUUAAUAGUCUACUUGUUAUAAAAAGACAGUCUGACACUUCCUACGCCUGGAAUUUGACCUGCUUUACAAUAGCUAUAAUCUUGUGGAAAAUGUCCUGCACAUCCUCAGGGCAGUCGUCUCAGCUUGCAUAAAUUGGUGUGUAGCUCCAUUGACUUUCAUGGAGUUAGGCCAGCUUAACCCAGCAGAGAAUCCAACCCAGAGUAUUUAUUGGAUUUGUGUAUUUUUAUUGAAAUCCACCUCUCCUUCAUCAAGAAAUUUAAAACACCUCAGGCAAUAACCAUGGCUUUUAUAGGGCCUAGAUUUUUUUAAAAAGUUUUGUGCUCUGCUUAUGCAGCUACAUCAGAAAGAAUGCAAAAAAACCCCACAUCUAAAACCCUAAUGAAUUCUAGAGAUGAGUUUAUACCCUCUGUCAUGUAAGUGCUCAAAAAAGUGAUAUUUACUGCUAUUUUAACUAAUAGAAAUUUUUCACAGGAGACUAGAAGAUUUGAAGGGUGCAGGUCAUCAGAAAGGGAGCCUUUCCCUUGUAGGUCAUUGGUUUAAAUCAGGUCCAUGUUGACAGCGACUAGGGUUCAUUCUGUCUCAUAGUUAUUUGGCUAGUUACCAUAUAUGAGACGACUUGGUGGUCUCGAUGUAAUGCCUAAUGGAGAUGAUUGAUUAAUGUGUCUGUAUCACUAAAAACGUCACUGUUGUUCACAGCAGCCGGAAUACUUGGUGAUAGUUUCAGUAAAGGCCAAAUGAGAUGAGGAAAUUUUAGAGGGCAGCAUGAGGAACUUGCACUGCGACAGCUGCAACUUCAUAGAAUCAGAGAAGUCUAGGACUGGGAGGGACCUUGAGAGGUCAUCUAGUCCAGUCCCCUGCAUUCAAAGCAGGACUAUGUAAUAAAUAGCCCGUUCCUGACAGGUGUUUGACUAACCGGUUCUUAAAAACUUCCAGUGAUUGAGAUUCCACAACCUCCUUUCAUGUAUGUUAGCAGGAAUAGAGCUCAGGAGCUUUGAUUCUAAAUGGUAUGCUUGUGGUAGAAGCACUCUUACCUUCUGUGGGCCAACAUGUAGGGCAUGUCUACACUUACCUCUGGAGCAAUCGAUCCAGCAGGGGUCGAUUUAUCGCGUCUAGCGAAGACACAAUAAAUCAACCGCCAGGUGCUCUCCCGUCGACUCCGGUACUCCACUGGAGCAAGAGGCGCAGGCGGAGUCGACGGGGGAGCAUCAGCAGUUGACUUACCACAGUGAAGACAUGUAUUUAUGAUUCAUGUAGCUGAAGUUGUGUAACUUAGAUCGAUCCCCCCCGCAGUGUAGACCAGGCCGUAGAGGACAACAUAAUCAUAUACACUUAACCAGCAUUGCACUUUGACCCACAAGCAUUGACAUCCUUUUUUUCCUCUUGAGUUAUGCUUUCAAUAUCAGUCUUGAGAAAACCCAAAGUGAAACGAAAUCAAAACAACUGAUUUUCCGCCCGAUUUCACAUCAAAACUACACAAAACUUUCACUCAGUUUCAACAGGAAACCAUAAAUCAGCCCAAGUUGGUUUGAAAUUGGGGCUAACUUUGCAUCGCGCAACCCAAAACAGAAGCUGCAACCCAGUAACAAUUUUGCAAUGAUUUCAGAUUUUAUUGUGCGUCCUGCUCUCAUGGCAGCCAUCUAGCUUUGUGUUACAACAGAAAGCUUUGUAAAGGAGAUAGAAGGGGUUUAGAUGUUUUUAUUUAAUAUGUUGACAGGCUUUACUAGUUUCCCUUGUCUUAGUGUUUGGUUACAGGAUACUUGUAAUGUAUAUAUAUGGCUUCUAGAAUCUUUCUGGUCAAAUUAGACUGUGAAAUGACUAUGCGACUUUCACUCUGGGGUAAUCCCCAGUUUGCUCUGCAUUGCUGCUGAUCGGAUUCCACAUCUGUGGUUAAAAGUAUUUUAUGUUUUUACUUCUCACCUAAGGAUCAUUAGGCUUGAGAACAGACCAGUUAAAGAAAUUGUUUCCUAGGAUUUAAGGCUCGAGAAAUAAAAGCAAAGUUUAGAAGAAAAGGGAAAAAAAGGAGCGAUACUGGGCUUCUAUAUGAUUUUGAAUAACUUCAUUCAGGAAGACAAAUAUGCUCAUAGCAAAGAAGAGACAGAGCAACCAAUGAGUUAUGAUUGUGGUAGUAAUUUUCUUAUGAGUUAAUUUUUUUCCCUGUGUGCCAGUCAUAGGUCCAAAUCUUACAAGCUCUGACUAAAAUGGGAAUUUUGUGCAUAAAGUACUUGCAAGAUUGGAUCCUAAAUGUAACUCAUAUUUAUGUAUAUAUAUAUAUGUGCGUGUGACUUAUACUGCGUCUCUAUACAUAAUAUAUAUACUGUACAUUUAUAUAGAUACAGAAAGUAUUAGAGCAUAUACAGAAAAAAUCUUACUCAUUUGUUCAUUAAUUUUAUUUCAGAAUUGUUUUCUGAAUAUCUGUUCUUCCUGUGACCUAUAUAAUAUAUUUUUGGGACUUAUUCUGCCUUCUUUACUCAGGAAGAAUCAGGCUCACUUUAGGGAAUAUUUUAGCUGAAAAAAUGAGAUCUUAAUAGAUUAUAAAAUCAUGCCAUAGAGAUUCUUGCCAAUUUCAUAGCACGAGAUGAAGGAAGGAAAGAAAAUGCUUUCUAAAUAAACAUGCUUCCUGCCCAUUGAUCCAUACUCACAGCUUCCAUGUACUAGAGGAGGAGUUUUAGAGGCUUGAUUGACUAAACUCUUUGAGGGUUGCAUGGGGUUUAAGUGAGGGCAGAACUUGGUCCUAAAUGUAUAAAUUUUAGCCAAACUCCAACUGUUCUCUGCAGAAUAGAAAGGAGGGAUUUCAUUAGGUAGGGGGCAUAAGACUGCCAAGUGACAUAAGCCACUACAGAAAUAAAUUUGGUGCUGUACACACUCACUUCAUUUCACUUCUGAACUCUUUUUACCAUUACAUAGGGAUGGAGGUGUCCACAGUUCUUCGGCACUCCUUCAGGUCUCUGGCAUGUGUUCGUAGGUCUUGGAGUUCCAGUCCUUUUCUCUUCAAAAUUCUCUUGACCAGAGUCUUUCCGUCAUAUCCUGUCUUGCUGUCCUCUUCCUCCCAUGCUUUCUUUGCUUGGUUGUUCUUUUCCAAGUCUUCUCCAGUCCGCCUCAAACAUGUGGUCUCCAGCUAUCUGUCAUUGAGAGCUAGGGUGACCGGAUGUCCUGAUUUUAUAGGGACAGUCCCUAUAUUUGGGGCUUUUUCUUACAUAGGCUCCUAAUACCCCCCAUCCCCAUCCCGAUAUUUCACACUUGCUAUCUGGUCACCCUAUUGAGAGCCCCAAGUUCAUCUUCCCCCAAUCUCUUCCAUGUGCAUCCUGUCUACUUUCUGCUUGCCUGCCAUCUUCCUCAAAAUGUUGUUUUCUACUGCCUGUUUCUUCUUUUCUUCCAGCUAUGUAAAACACACCAUAUAUCAGGCAGGGACAAACUCAUACAGCAUCCACUUUUCCUUUCAGUUUGUUACUUAACUGCCAGUCCUACAGGUCACCUUUUCUACUGCCACUCAUGCACAUUGGGUGCUGUGUACACUUAGCUGAAAUACAAAGUACAUAAUUGUCAAGCCUGGCUACCAGCUCUCCUUUUUGGUUCUCAGCGGGCACUGACAUGCCCAAAUUUAGUCUUUGGGUUUCUGACAUGCUAGUUUGAGAGCUUAGGUGUGGAACUGGCUGCCCUCACUUGGGCACCCAAGUGUGUGAUUUGGGCCCUACACUUCCAAAGAUAAGGACCUAUUCUCUUUGUCCCCUAGGACUUUGCACAGAACUCACAUUGAAACGAGGGUGAAUCUCAUACAUAGAACAAAGAGUCAUUAUGGCUUUUAGAAAUACAAUCCAUAUUGUCUUUUACAGUAGGUUUAAAAAUUAAAUAAAUACGGCAUUUUAUCUUAUUCUUGAUAUUUCAGGACAUUUAUUCAGUCUCCACCAUCUACACUGCUGAAAUCUGAGAAUCCCUACAUUUGAUAAUAAAAACAGCAACAGAGACUAACACAGGAUCUGGAAUGUCCUGCAGAGAGAUUCAGAUCUUUAGCAUGUGAGAUAAUAAUGUUUCUGUUUUGGGGCUUAAUUCUGCUCUCAGUUACUGUCAUGCAACCCUACUGGCAGGGCCUGCUCCAGGCACCAGCUUUCCAAGCAGGUGCUUGGGACGGCAUUCAGAAUGGGGCGGCCGUCCGUGUCCCACGGCCGCAAUUUGGCGGCAGCUCCACCGCUCUUCCGGGGGCGGCGGCAAUUCGGUGGCGAUUGCUUGGGGCGGCAAAAUUGGUAGAGCCACCCCUGCUACUGGGAUAACUUCAGUGGCAUUGUGCCACUAUAGACUAGAGCAGACUGUGGCUUUCUGGUAGGACCCAAUUCAACAAGGAAUUUACAUAAGCAGUGGGACUUAAGCACGUGCCUUAUGCCCUGAUCCAGCAAAGCUGCUAUGCAUGUACUUUAAGCAUGUGAAUAGAUACUGACUUCACUGAGAUGACCCAUAUGUUUAAAGCUAAGCACAUGCCUAAGUGCUUUGCUGGAUCAGUACCUUUGUAUCUAUAUUAUUUCUUGUCUUGGUGAACAAUACCCGUGCAGUGUAGCGUUCUUGAGCAGUCAUAAUCUACCAGGUCAUGGCAAGGUAAAAGAGAAAGAGAUUGGAUUACCAAGAAGAAUGUAAGUAAAAUGUUGAUGAAGAUAAUUGAAUGGCACAGAGAAAGAGAGGGAGUUUUGCAAACACAAUAGAACUCUUUGUCUUUUUUCUAAAGAAUUCAAACAUAAUCUUGGUCUUUGACCAGCCUUUUAAUGUCCUGUUUUGUUUUACACGGGAAUUAAAAAAUAUUUUCCAUUUGUUUUAAUUAUCUACUCACUUUAACUUUGACCUUUGAAAAGUGUUUUGCUAUGACAUCCAUUGGUCUCAUGGUGAGCAGUGCUAGGAAAACAGCAGCAAAAAUAAAUCUUUUAAUUUAUUUUACCUACUAUGUUUAAUCCCUUUAAUCUGUUAAUAAUUUGUGUUUUCUUCCUUUUUGCAAAACAGCAGGUUUAUCACUGUUAAGCAUGAUUUUCGGGGACGUAUGUUGUUUCACUAUAACAAAAUUUUCACUGAACAAUUUUCCUAAGUGAUCAAUCCAUUUUCAGUAUGAAAUCUUACUCUAAAACCAACUUUAUCUUACUGACUUUUUCUAACUGUGCCCUCAUUAUAGUUAAAACUCAACUUUUUAACAGCAUUUUUUAAAAGGUAGAUUUUGUUAUUUUUCUUUUGUUUUAUAAACAGUGUUUGUUAAAAAAGAUUACUGUCUUGCCAAAAAAAGAUGAUGAUUUCUAUGCAUUGGGUGAUUCAGUGAUGUUGAGAUUUUGCAUGUCUUGUAGGUGCUCUUACAUAUGUACAUUUGUGAUAUCUGUAGAAAUGUUAACCAUGUCAAUCAAUGGCUAUUAGCCAGGAUGGGCAGGGAUGCAAAACCAUGCUCUGAAGUGUCCCUAGCCUGUGUUUGCCAGAAGCUGGGAAUGGGUGACAGGGGAUGGAUCACUUGAUGAUAACCUGUUCUGUUCAUUCCCUCUGGGGCACCUGGCACUGGCCACUGUCAGAAGACAGGAUACUGGGCUAGAUGGACCUUUGGUCUGACCCAGUAUGGCCGUUCUUAUGUUCUUAUGUAUUGCUGCUAUAACCACUUAUUGUAGUUAACUGAAAAAUCUGUACUAAGAGGCUGUGCCAGUUAAUAGUUUUAUGUAUGACAUGAUAAACUGUGUACUCUGCUGUUUGUUUAAUGUUGUGAGCCAGUAUUUAGUGCCUUCUGUAGAAGGAAACAAUAUGUUGUGGUAGACAGGAGGUGCCAAAUUUACAAUAUCCUGUUCCACACAAGGGACCACACACCAGGUUAAAAAAAAUCAUCUCCAGCUUUUAAGAAAAAAAAAAUUCUAAAAGUGACUGGAAAAUGUCAUGGAUUUUUUCUUGUUUAUUAAUGUAUUAUUUACUAAAUCAGAUACAUGUGAAGACACAGAGCGAUUGGUAAGAAGGGACAUGUUGCUGGACAGCAUUUUUUUAUUUUAUUUUUUUAAUGUUUGGUCUGCAUGUGUUGCAGAAUAACGGGAGAAGAGUUUGAUAUCUGAAAUGGUGAUUUUAGUAUUAAAUCAAAUCAUUAGGAAAACCUUUUAAAUUCGUAAUGGAACAGUCUUAAAAACUGUAUUGACCUGAAACUGAAGUGAUACAGGAAUUAUGCGUUCCGGUGUUGGCUUUCCAAGUGGUCCUGAUUCUGAUCUCCCUUGCACCCAGUGUAACUGAGGAGUAACUCCUCCAAGCUCUAUUGAAAUCAAUGGAAUUACGCUGCUGUAAAACUAAUGUGAGAUCAGAGUCAAGCCCAAUAGUUUUGGCCUCCCUCUUUUCAGGUAUCUUCAUGCCAGACCCGUUGUAUCAUAAUUCUGACAUUUCAUUUUCAAAAAGUCACUUUUCUCCUCUCACUGAAGAAGCUGAAAAUAUGAAUGUAAAAAACAAAGUAGAUGAAUUCAUCUUGAUUUUGAUCUGAGUUUUAACAGGGUGAAAUCUUUAGAUUCCUUUUUUAAGUGGAAAACCAAAUAACAUGAGUUUACUGGAAGGGUUUAGGAUGGAGAAGGAUGAUCUACUGAAAAACUUGGGAAGAUUUUUGAAACCAAAAUACCAAGUUGCCAGAAAAGCAAUAUUACUUGAAAAAUAUCAAUGAUUAAAAUUCAUCCCUUGACUAACUGUAUUAAAGUCAAGUCUAUACCCCAGGAAUGAAUUUGACUUCAAAAAAUCUUAAAAGCACUUGUAAUUGCAACCUUCCUCCAAAAAGACUGCUAAACCAAGAUUUUCAAAAGUGACUAGUGGGUGCAUCACUUUUUGGGUGUCCAACUUGUGAUCCCUUAAAAGACCUGAUUUUCUGAAGGUGGGUGCUCAGCACUUUCUGAAAAUCAUGCCUCUAUGUCUCCCAGAAAUCAAGGCAAGCAAAAUCACUAGUCACUUCUGAAAAUAUUAUCCACAUUUAAAUGUAUAAAGUCUAGUUAUGACUCUUUGGUGUGUUCCAACCUCCUACAUAGUGCUUUUCAGCAGUUGACCUCAAAGCACUUCACAAGCUUUUUAAUAUAUUACUCCUUACAACACCCCUGGGAGGUAGGGCAGUGCUAUUAUCUCCAUUUUACAGAUGGGGAACUGAGGUUCAGUGUGGUUAAGUGAUUUUCCCAAGAUCACAGAGGAAGUCUGUGGCGGAGCAGGGAAUUGAAUCUGUGUCCCCCAUGUCUGAGGCUAAUGCCAUAACCCUUUCCCCAUCUCCAGAGAUCUUGGGCCUGAUUCUCAGCUGAUGUAAAUUGGUGUAGCUUCAUUGUCUUCAGUUUGGCUCCUUUGUUGCUGAGAUGACUUCAUUUUUAACAUUUGCUACUUUUAAAGUCAACUUUGACCAACUGCAAGUUGAUUCUCCACGGCUUUGUCUGUCUGGUAGCCACUGACACAUGAACAAAACACAUGUAAAAUGCCACCACUGGCAUGAGUGCAGAAUUCUGAUUUGGGAGAGUUUACACCCACUCGGUACAGAUGUUAAAUGGCUACCUGAAGUGUGAAGCGGUGGAGGACCACGCCCUUCAUCUGUGCUCCUAUGCCAGUCACUGCCAUAUCUUGCUCUUGAGUCUGUCACGCAUCAGAGUCACUGCUUCGGAGGGUUAAUGGCUGCACAGCAUUUAUUCAACAUUUUUCUAUCCAACACACUAGUUUGCCAAAAAUUACACUGGGUCCCUCCAGUACAAAAGCUGUUUUUUCAUGGUUCCCAUGCCUUUGUCGCUCAUUGCGGAAGCUGGAUGUGUUCUUGCCAAACUAGAUCGCUGUAGUGAUUGACGUUAUUUCGUUAGUGCACUGCAAUCUGGAAAGGUGAUCAUAACUCUACCGGCAUAAACCUGGGACAAGGAAAUGGACUGCUGCCCUCCGAGUGUAAAAGGCUCUGCUGGUACAUGUUCGUCUCCUACCACUGCUUAUGAAGGGAAAGCUACUCAUUUGGUUGUGCUAAUACUGUGGUGGACUGAAUACUGCUUUCCACUUGCUUGAGUCCUUCUACUCACUUACUCAGUUAUGAAUUAUGCAUCCUUGGGGUCGCCUCUUUUACAAUCACUGAGGUGUCUGGGGAAACCUUAUAUAAGUUUAACCACAUUACAGGAAAUGGUACUUUUAGAAAAUAUUUUAAUGUUCUGGGCUGGGAUUCUGAAAGGCGCCUAAGGGAGUUAUAUAUCCAAAUUCCACUGAAAUUCAGAUGCCUAAUUCUCUUAGGCUCCUUUGAAAAUCCCAGUCCUAAACGUAACCAGUUAUUUUAAAACAAAGAUCUCCGUAUGAAAAGGUAAUCUAUUUUUAGUAUUAAAAUAGGGUUCUGUGUAAAAAUGGCAUCCUCUUCCUCAGCAAAUCUGCUCCCUCUGUGUAUUCUGAGUCUCAUUUGUUUGUUUUAGUGGGGAAAAGGUAAGAUUUCGAUGUAUUUUAAUACUUCAGAACCAGUACAUCUCUGGGAAAGUUAUUUGGAUUCUUUUCUAAUUUGUGCAUCAUCAACAAAACUGUUAACUAAGAUUCAGCCCCAGUGCCUUCAAGUGAUGCCCUCCAGGGAGGAAAUAAGAUUGCACCAGUGUAACAGAGUGGGGAAUAUGAGGGAAAUGAGGCUGAACAAUGGUAACUGAAGACAUAAUCUUGGUCACUUGAUCUUUGUUAUUGGUGGUGGGUGAGUCAUAAAGAACCCAUCUUGGGACUCAGAUCCUAGGCUAAGAUUGCCACUUGUUAUCUUUGCACAUUUGAUUUGGACUCAGCAAAGAGCAAUAAGUGUGGAACCCCACACUGCCAUUUCUACAAAGUAACUUUUUAGAGUAGAACUGCAUGAAGUGUUGGAUCUUUGGCUGGUGCCAACCACUGAAAUCAAUGAAGUUACUGCUUUUUGCACCAGCUGAGGAUCUGGCCCUUAUGUACAUUAGGUGUGAUUAAAAUAGUCCACUUUUCUAUAAGGUCUAUUUACCUCUCCACAAAGACAGAUGUCACCUUUUGUUCUCAUAUGUCUGACCCUUAGACUUUAACUGGGAUGGAAUAAACACUUUAUGCCAUACAUCUACUUCCCGGUAAUUUAUUUCAGAGCUCUCCUGGAACAGUGCUGCUGUUACACACUUUGCAAAAGAAACAGGGAAACACUGAAUAGGUAAGGAGAAGAAAGUGAAAACAAGAAUUUCAUACGGUGGCUGUGUUCCUGCCUUUUCUCACCUCUCAGAUCAUUUUAAGUAUUUAAAAAGAACAAGUUUAGUUGCUUAUUAACUGGAGUAGAUCAUUAACUUUUGUCUUGCCGUUGACUGAUCUUCAAAUUGCUAAGCGAGUCUGAUGUUUUAGCAUUUCAGCUCAUUGUUUAUUUCCCCCCAUGAGUACAUUUUAAAAGUCUAGUUUUUCUGAACAACAGAUUGAUUUCAUGGUAUGUACAAUGUUUGCUACUAUUGUAGUGUGACUUUAUUGUUUUUAAAUAUUUGUUUUGGUACAGCCUUAAACUUCUAGAACUAAGAAGAGCAUUUCAAAAUUAAGCAACUGAUAACGUCAUUGAUGUCUGUGAUAAGUGCAUGCUUUAUUCACAGUAUUUUGUCUGUAAUGGGGUAUGGUGACCAAUUCUCAUUUAUGUAAUAAACUGUUUUCUGCAAA